AUCAAUCGUCAUUCGAAUUUCGAAGAGACACUGGGAAUGUGGUAAUAUAAGUGGGUCUUAGGGGUAAAUGUGGAAGAGUAGAAAUCACUUUUUGAAAGUCAACAAAUUCCCUUGGCACUCUGGCAUAUAUAUAUAUAUAUAUAUAUAUUUCCUUUAGCGCAUUCUUCUUGUUUGUGAAUAUAAGUAGUACGUAUAUACUUUUCAACUUCUUGUCAGAAUAGUAAAGGGAGAUGGAUUCUAGGAAAAGGGCAUCCGGUAGGUCGUCGGUUGUGGAGUCGAUGAGAGGAGGUUUUACUUUGGCAGGAGUCAGGAUAUCAAAGGAGGAUCUCCGGAGGAGGAUCACUAUGCCCGAGUACUUGAGGUUGGCUAUGAGGGAGGCUAUACAGACUAAGGAUAUCGACUCUGACACUGUAAAACGACAUUUUGACAUGGCUUAUGAUGCCGGCACCGACAUUCCUCAGCCACCAGAGGGGCCCAUCAUAGUCUUCAUUAAUUCUAAAAGUGGUGGCAGACAUGGCCCACAACUUAAAGCUAGGCUACAGGAACUCAUGGGCGAACAACAGGUUUUUGACCUUUCAGUUGUGAAGCCUCAUGAGUUUGUUCAAUAUGGAUUGAGUUGCCUGGAGAAGUUUGCUGCUCUUGGUGACAGCUGCGCAAAAGUGACUCGUGAAAGGAUAAGAGUCGUGGCAGCAGGAGGUGAUGGCACCGUUGGAUGGAUUCUUGGCUGCCUUGGAGAGCUUAAGAAACAAGGUCGAGAGCCAGUUCCACAAACAGGAAUAAUCCCACUUGGCACAGGAAAUGACUUAUCCAGGAGUUUUGGAUGGGGGGGCUCAUUUCCUUUUAACUGGAAGUCAGCCACAAAAAGUAUUCUUGACAGAGUUGCAACAGGUCCAAUUAACCGUCUGGAUAGUUGGAAUCUUCUAAUAUCAAUGCCGGCUGGGGAAAAGCUGGAAACACCUCAUUCUCUAAAACCUACUGAGGAUGCAUCUCUUGAUCAGGAAUUGAAUAUUGAUGGUGAGUUGCCCAAGAAGUUGUCCAACUAUCAAGGAGUAUACUACAAUUACUUUAGCAUAGGAAUGGAUGCACAGGUAGCCUAUGGCUUCCAUCAUUUACGGAAUGAAAAGCCAUACCUUGCACAAGGUCCUGUAUCAAAUAAGUUGAUUUACUCAGGAUAUAGUUGCACGCAAGGCUGGUUCUUUACACCAUGUAGCAGUGACCCUUGUUUGAGGGGAUUGAAUAAUAUUUUGCGACUAUAUGUCAAGAAGGUCAGCAGCUCAAAGUGGGAGCAAGUCCCUGUUCCUUCAAGUGUUCGAUCUAUAGUCACCCUGAAUCUCCCUAGCUAUGGCGGUGGAAGGAAUCCAUGGGGACAUUUGAAGCCAGAUUACUUGGAGAAGAGGGGUUUUGUGGAAGCCCAUGCAGAUGAUGGUUACCUUGAAAUUUUUGGCCUGAAACAAGGAUGGCAUGCUUCUAUGGUUAUGGUUGAGCUCAUCUCUGCAAAACACAUUGCGCAGGCUUCAGCAAUUAGAUUUGAGUUGCGUGCGGGAGAGUGGGAUGAAGCUUAUAUGCAGAUGGACGGUGAGCCAUGGAAACAACCAAUUAACAAGGAAUAUUCAACCUUCAUCGAAAUUAAGAGAGUACCAUUUCAGUCUCUCAUGGUCAAUGGGAAGUAGAAUUUGCUGGUCGUUUUCUUGCUCCAAACCUUGAAUUGUAGCUUUUGUUUUUUUGGAUGUUUCAGAAUUAUAGUUUCUUCUGUUCGUGUAAAGUAUUUCCCCCUUCUAGAGCUUUUACCAACCAUUAUAUUCAGAACCAAGGUCACGAAAUUGUUGCUUAUUGGCACGUAUACGUACAAUAUGUUUAUUAUAAUUUAUACGCAUCGACAUAUUAUCUGAUA